AUGGUUGCGCCAGCUUUACAGAAUCAAAUGAAAAAGUCUCAGAAUCAGUUACAACAAUAUGGCCCGGGGAAUGUCAUCAAUAUCGAAGGUAUAUCGAUGGGUAAUGGUAAAGCGGAAUUAAGCAAAUCAACUAUACCUACACCAUUUGCGUCUACGAUUUCCCAAGUAACACCUGUAGCACCAUUUACGGCAGUGUCAGGUGGUACUCCUUCCUUUCCGGAGAGUACUUUUCUUAGUACAGCAAGACUUGCAACACGAAGUAAAAGGAAACAGAAAGGUGGUGGAAAUGGCCUAAUGAUGAUUGCUAUUAUGCAUCUUCUUCUUGCAUGUGGCCUAAUAGACUUAGGAAUGUUUCUUACCAUUCGAUUCAAUCAUUACGGUCAUAUAUGGCCUGAUAGUUAUGCAAAAUUAUCUGUUUCCGAAUAUCGACUUUAUCGUAAUCAGAUGCUUUCCAUUCGUGCGCUCUAUUCACCUGUAACAAUUGUUAUUGGUUUAACGAUUUUUUUCCCGAAAAUCAUCUAUUUAUUAAUUAUUUUCUAUUCCAAAGUAUCAUUUUAUAGGGCAGUGAUCGUUGACGGUGGCAUUUCCUUUCUUGCACUAACUUAUGCAUGCAUUACAGGAUCACAUGCAUAUAUUAUAUUGCACAAUAUUUCAAAAAUUGAUAUCGGUAAUCACAGUGAUAUCCUCUGUUAUGCUAUCAGAGGUCCACGUGAGAAAGCACCACAAGAAUUGCGUGAUCGAUGCUUGCUAGUUGCAUAUAAAAUGUUUGGUGAUAAUUUAUCAUUGCAAUCAAUAGUUGCGAUACUCGUAAUUAUUGUAUGCAUUAUAAAUUUUAUCUAUCUUUUUUAUGAGAUAGAUCCAAAUGCAAUGCAAGUACAGAAAAAAAUUCAACUUCAAUCAAAAGAUCACAAAAAAUUAUUUUAG